ACUGAAUCAACAUGGCCGCGGCUAGGGUGCUCGCAAGAGGUGUCCGAUUGGGUUCAUAUAGCAUCGGUAGAAGUCGCAGUUUAAUAUUUAACAAUGUACAGGGACGAGGAAUAGCAGCUUGCAUUGAUCCCUCUAUAGGACUCACAGAUGAACAAAAAGAGUUUCAAAAAGUGGCAUUUGACUUUGCUGCCAACGAGAUGGCACCACAUAUGGCAGAAUGGGACCUAAAGGAAAUUUUCCCUGUGGAGGCCAUGAGGAAAGCCGCCCAGCUGGGGUUUGGUGGGAUUUACGUGAACCCUGAUGUUGGGGGGUCUGGACUCUCUCGUCUGGACACCUCUAUCAUAUUUGAGGCUUUAUCCACAGGCUGUGUCAGCACUACCGCAUACAUCAGUAUUCACAAUGGUUGGAACUCGCAGCCAACCCGAGCCGUGAUAUUUGAGGACUGCGCUGUCCCAGUGACCAAUCGGCUUGGAGCAGAGGGGGAUGGCUUCAACAUUGCCAUGAAAGGCCUUAAUGGAGGCAGAAUUAAUAUUGCUUCUUGUUCCCUUGGAGCGGCUCACGCAUCUGUGCUUCUGGCCCGAGAUCACAUGUGUGUGCGGAAACAGUUUGGAGAAACACUAUCGAACAGCCAGUUCCUGCAGUUUAAGCUGGCUGAGAUGGCCACUAAGCUGGUAGCUUCUCGGCUGCUGGUGCGUCAGGCGGCAGUGGCUCUGCAGGAGGGUCGACCGGAGGCGGUCUCGCUCUGCUCAAUGGCCAAACUCUUCGUGACAGAUGAGUGUUUUUCAAUAUGUAACCAGGCCUUACAGAUACAUGGAGGUUAUGGUUACCUAAAGGACUAUGCAGUGCAGCAGUACGUCAGAGACAUUAGAGUACAUCAGAUAUUGGAGGGUACAAAUGAAGUGAUGAGGAUGAUCAUUGCAAGAAGUUUGCUCACUGAGUCAUGAUGCUCAUAAAUGGACUCCUUAACGGGACAAAACCGUUUGCGUCUUCAUUGUCUAAAAUGUUCAUCACAGAUAUAGGGUUAAGUGACCGUUAUAUAUUUAUAUGUCCCACAUGUGACUAUAGAGAUAACUGCUCUUUCACACUCCAGCGUCUGUUGAGUUUGAUCAUGAGAUGUCGACAGUAUUUUAUGCAGAAAGUUUGUGCCUUAAACUUGUGAAUUAGUAA